AUGAAUUGCUUCAUGUGUUUCCCAUCCCAUGGGAAGAAAGCAUCUCAUGACAAGACAAACGGCCGAAGGAGAGGAGAGUUGCCGCCAGCCGCUCCCCAUCGAAGAGAAGUAGCCGUAGCACCAAAGCCACGGCCUGAAAAUCCAAAGACAAAGGGUGCACCCGUUGAAACUACAUACAAUAAGGAGGCCAAUAAAGAAAAUGGCAACAACAACAUGGCUGCACAAACUUUCACUUUCCGAGAAUUGGCCACGGCAACAAAGAAUUUCCGACAAGAAUGUCUAGUUGGUGAGGGUGGAUUUGGAAGAGUUUACAAGGGGAGACUCGAGAAGACUGGCCAGGUUGUGGCUGUCAAGCAACUUGACAGGAAUGGAAUGCAGGGAAACAGAGAGUUUCUGGUUGAGGUGUUGAUGUUGAGCCUCUUACACCAUGGAAACCUUGUAAAUCUGAUCGGAUACUGUGCUGAUGGAGAGCAGAGACUUUUGGUGUACGAGUACAUGCAAUUAGGAUCUCUGGAGGAUCACCUACUUGAUCUACGACCAGGGCAAAAGGCAUUAGAUUGGUUCACAAGAAUGAAAAUAGCUUUAGAAGCAGCCAAAGGUCUAGAAUAUUUACAUGACAAGGCCAAUCCCCCUGUAAUAUAUCGUGAUUUGAAGUCCUCAAACAUCUUGCUGGACAAGGAUUUCAAUGCCAAGCUUUCAGAUUUCGGACUGGCCAAGCUUGGACCUGUUGGGGACAGAUCUUCAAGGGUAAUGGGAACAUAUGGGUAUUGUGCCCCUGAGUAUCAAAGAACAGGUCAACUCACUGUAAAGUCAGAUGUCUACAGUUUUGGAGUCGUUUUGUUAGAGUUGAUCACCGGAAGAGAAGCCAUUGACACCACAAGGUGUACUGAGGAGCAAAAUCUAGUCACUUGGGCAGAACCAAUAUUUAAGGAUCCUCAAAGGUUCCCGGAACUAGCCGAUCCACGGCUUAAGGGAGAGUUUCCAGUGAGAGCACUACACCAAGCAGUAGCAGUAGCCGCCAUGUGUCUCCAAGAGGAACCGUCAGUUCGUCCCUUGAUCACUGAUGUUGUCAGUGCUCUGGGUGUUCUUGGAACCGCCUGUCGAGAUGCAGUAACCACAUCAUUUGAUCAUCAUCCUUCUCCACCGUGUGAUCGUAACAUGAUCAGGGCAAAUGGGAUUGUUCUUGAUGACGAAAGCAUAAGGGAACGACAACGAGCUGUGGCAGAAGCCAUGGAAUGGGGUUCAACUUCAAGGCAUAAUAAGGCGAUAUCCCGGUGUGGAAGCACUUCUUCAGUGUAAAAUACGAUUAAUUAUUAUAUUGGCCGGUGCUGAAGAUAUCUAUGUUUUGGCUUCCAACAAAUUCUUUUUUAUUUAUUCAGACUGCAAGAAUGAUGUUAGAUUUUGGAAAGGCAUUGAGUCCUUCAAUUGAGUAUACUUUUUUCUUU